GCAGGGACAGCAGCUUCACCAGCUGGAGGAGCAUGAUACCACUAAGUUCCCUCUCGCUGCUAUCCAUGUGAAGAGUGAAAAUGAUGAAAAACCACGAUCACAGAUGUAUCAAAGCCAGAGUGAAGACAGAGUGCAGGGGCUGGACCUAUAGCCAGCAGCUCAACUGUACCAGAACACUAACAGCACCAAAGUGAUGGAGAGGACUCUGGAGGGCCACAUUCAGCCAGGAAUUUGGGGCAAGAUAGUCUAUUACAACUAAAUACCAACGGUAGUUCUGAAACAGAGCGCAACAACAGACAUGCUUGGAAACAGACCAGAGACCUUUGUUCAGGUUUAAACUGUCAGACAAAUAACAAUGUCUCUGUUCGUCCUCACAGGUGUAUUAUGACUAAGAAAUGGUUUCAUUCUUCUCAGUGUGGUAAAGCAUGUAGUCACAUGAACUAUUUAAAGCAACAAAAGGGAAGCCAAGAAAGUGAAAAACAAUUUAGCUGUUCUGGGUGUGGUAAAAGAUUUGGACAGAAGUGCAAUCUGAUUGCACAUAUGAGAAUUCAUACAGGAGAGAAACCAUUUGCAUGUUCUGUGUGUGGUAAAAGGUUUGGACGAAAGGGUAAUCUGAUCACUCACAUGAAAAUUCAUACAGGAGAGAAAACAUUUGCCUGUUCUGAGUGUGGUACAAAAUUUAGAAACAACUGCACUCUGAUCAGACACAUGAGAAUACAUUCAGGAGAGAAACCAUUCGCGUGUUCUGAGUGUGGUACAAGAUUUGGACAGAAGGGCACUCUGAUCACGCACAUGAAAAUUCAUACAGGAGAGAAAAUAUUUGGCUGUUCUGAGUGUGGCAAAAGAUUUGGACUGAAGGGCAGUCUGAUGUCACACAUGAGAAUUCAUACAGGAGAGAAACCAUUUGCAUGUUCUGAGUGUGGUACACGAUUUGGACAUAAGAGCAAUCUGAUUGCACACAUGAGAGUUCAUACAGGAGAGAAAAUAUUUGUGUGUUCUGAGUGUGGUACAAGAUUUGGACAUAAGAGCAGUCUGAUCACACACAUGAGGAUUCAUCGAGGAGAGAAACCAUUUGCGUGUUCUCAGUGUGGUAAAAGAUUUGGACGAAACAGCAAUCUGUUUGCACACAUGAAGAUUCAUACGGAAGAGAAACCAUUUGUAUGUUCAGAGUGUGGGAAAAAAUUUGGACAAAAGGACCACCUGGUCAGACACACAAGAAUUCAUGCAGGAGAGAAAACAUUUGCAUGUUCUGAGUGUGGUACCAGAUUUGGACAUAAGAGAAGUCUGACUGCACACAUGAGAAUACAUAGAGAAGAGAAGCCGCUUGCCUGUUCUCACUGUAGUAAAAGAUUUAGACGUAAUGGCAACCUGAUCUCGCACAUGAAAAGUCAUACUGGAGAGAAACCAUUUGCGUGUUCUGAGUGCGGUAAAAGAUUUGUACAAAAAGGCCAUCUGACCAAGCACAUGAGAAUGCAUCCAAGAGAGAAACCUGGCUCUCAGGCUUUAUUCACGCUGCCAGUUCAAAUUGGAUUUAUUGCAUAUCUGAUUCAAAGCUGAUCUCACAGGUUAACUGUCUACAUUAUGUGUGGCAGGUCCAAUUUCUAUGUCCGCAUUGCGGUCCUCAUCUGCUGUGUAGUCCACAUUGAUUGCUAUUGUAAUGAAAGUCACGCACAAAUAGUUACAAGACUUCUGUCCAGUGUCCUAAUAUUGCAACUACAAAGCUAUGACACAGGAUAUGGACUUGUGCUAUAUCAGCAUGCAGACUUGUGUCAUAUCAACAUA